AAAAUAAACCAAAAACGUGGACUCAACGGUCCCUUUUCUUUUUCACUCUGCAAGUUUUACGCACAAAACUCUCUCUCUCUCUCUCUGAAAUGUAGGUCGCCGGAGAAUGGAAAACUGUCACCGGAAUAACGUUGGUAAUCUCGUUCUCGGUCACCACACUACCAAAUCACCAACAUUCUCCACCAACUUCCGUCUAUGGAACUCUCUCUCCGCUGCCUCCUUCCGCCGUCUCAUAUUCGAUGCCGUCAGCUGCGGUGGCAGCUCUCGUUACAAUAACCGCCGCCACAGCUUCGAAGAUGAAGACCCCGACGACUUCUCUUCAACGGCAAGAUCAGAUUCUUCUUUCUCCGACGACAAACGGCAACUAAAACCAAAACCGAAUGCGAAGUCGGAGAAACUAUCGGAUCUUCUAAACAUGGCGGAGUCGGAAACGGAAGCGGAAGCGAAGAAGAAGGAAGAAGCUCUAGAGAAACUGAAACAACUCGUGAAGGAUUUGCAUCACGAAGAGGAUUCAGCGAAACGGCGAGAAGCUGCAACCACCGUGAGAAUGCUCGCUAAAGAGAAUUUGGAAGUUAGAGGAACGCUUUCAAUGCUCGGAGCUAUUCCUCCUCUCGUCGCAAUGCUCGAUUCGGAAGACCUAGAUUCUCAGAUCGCUUCGCUCUACGCGUUGCUCAAUCUCGGAAUCGGAAACGAUGCAAAUAAAGCAGCCAUUGUUAAAGUUGGCUCUGUUCACAAGAUGCUUAAGCUUAUUGAAUCAUCAGAUGGUACUGAUUCUGCUGUUUCUGAAGCGAUUGUUGCAAAUUUCCUUGGAUUGAGUGCUUUGGAUUCGAACAAACCGAUAAUUGGUUCUUCUGCUGCAAUGCCCUUUUUAGUUAGAACCCUUAAGAGUUUAGAUAAGAAAAGUAGUACUCAAGCUAAGCAAGAUGCUCUUAGAGCACUUUACAAUCUUUCAAUCUUCCCAGCCAAUAUUUCAUUCAUUUUGGAAACCGAUUUGGUCCCGUUUCUGAUAAAUUCGAUUGGAGACAUGGAAGUAACUGAAAGAAACCUUUUGAUCCUGAGUAACUUGGUAUCAACUAGAGCGGGUCGAAAAGCCAUAAGUGCUGUACCUGAUGCCUUUCCUAUUUUGGUCGAUGUAUUGAAUUGGAAUGAUUCGCCUGAAUGCCAGGAAAAGGUUUCGUAUGUUUUGAUGGUUAUGUCUCACAAAUCGUAUGGUGAUAAACAGGCCAUGAUUGAGGCAGGGAUUGUGUCAUCACUUCUCGAGUUGUCGCUUAUUGGUACUACUUUGUCUCAGAAACGAGCGUCAAGGCUAUUGGAGAGUUUGAGAAUAGAUAAAGGGAAACAGGUUUCGGGGAACUAUGGUGGAAAUUUAGGUGCAACAGUCUCUGCCCCAAUUUGCGGAUCUUCAUCGUCAUGUGCAAAACCAGAUGGAGAUGGAGUAGGAAAAGAGUGUUUGGAAGAGGAGGAAGAUAUGAUGAGUGAGGAGAAGAAAGCAGUAAAGCAAUUAGUCCAGUUGAGUUUGCAAAACAACAUGAGGAAAAUUGUGAAGAGGGCCAACUUGCCUCAAGAUAUCGUUCCAUCGGAUCAUUUUAAGUCACUCACUUCAAGCUCAACUUCAAAGAGCUUACCAUUCUGAAUAAAUUUUAGAUGUGCAGCGAGUCUAGGUUGAUAAUAAUGAACCAUAAUGUUAGUCUUUAUAUCAUAAUUUUAUUGAGCUUUUAAGCUUGUAUGUAGUAGUUGACUUGUUUUCUAGCAUUGUUAAAUUAUACAUUGCUUGUCAAAAUCUUGAUAGAUAGUUGUAAAAUAUAUUUCUACUUUAGGUUUCUUGAUAAGGUUGCAUCCUUUUAUUUGUUU